AAGGGGGCUGAGGCAGGAGUACUGCAAAUUAGUCUGGCUUGGUAAACUUACAGACUUAGUGAGACCUCAUCUCAAAAUAAAAAGGUCUGGGAGCCGGGCGUGGUGGCACACACCUGCAACCUUAGCACUCAGGGGGCUGAGGCAGGAGGAUGGCCAUGAGUUCCAGGCCAGCCUGGGCUACAUGGUGAAUUCAGGUCCAGCCUGGGCUACAUAGCGAGACCCUGUCUCAAUAAAGCAAAAAGAAAGAGAGAAUGCAAACACACAAGCCACUGCUCGGUUCUUCCUGGAGGACAGUGGCAGGAGCUUCUGGAGGUGGCACCACUGUGCUGGGCACUGUCCCACAAAAGAGGCCAAAGACAGUCCUGCCGUGGCAGUGUCUGAGCCCGAGGGCCUGUUUCUUGUUUCUCCCACGCCCCAUUGCUUUGCCUGGCCUUUCUUACCCACCUGCAGGACUCUGCGCCCCUCUGCACAAGUCCUGUGAGGGACCACAGGUGGCAGGCAUCUUCCCUCACAGGCUGUGCCCUUUUAGGCACCCCAUGCAUACCUUGGCUGUGCAGAGAAAUAGUCUGCUUUCUCCUGGAAGCGGAGUUGCCUCACCUUUCAAACUGCUGUCUUCAGUGCAAAUCCAGUCUUGUUUUCUUUUUUUUUUGGUACUGGAUGGAACUCAGGUCCCUGUACUUGCGCAGCAGGCGGCAAAACCACUGAGCUAAAUCCCCGGCCCAAUCCAGUCAUUUUUAAAUGCAGGGAUGGGACUACAGCUCAGUGGUAGAGCCCUUGUCUAGCACGUUCCAGGCCUGAGUUAGAUUCCCCGGUUCAAUCACAACAGAACAAGAAAUCAAAGAAAAUGUACACAUAUUGAUGGUGUGCUGGGUACUGUCCCCCUAGCAACUGUCCCCAGUGGUCCUGCUCCCUUGGGCUCCCUGCCUUUGGGCCCCACCUCAGGGUCCUGAAAGCUGGGACUUCCUCCUUCGGCUUCCCACCCUUCCAGCCCCGGGCACCAACUGCCUCCCGCCCUGUCUGCAGGUUCUUUUUUAUUUUUUUUGGUACCAGGGACUAAACUCUGGUCCUUGUGCAUGCGGGACAGGCGGUGGAACCACUGAGCUAAAUCCCCGGCCCUGUCCGCAGGUUCUUUUGGGUUUGUUCUCUGCAGUCCAGGCCCCGCUCCUCUCCCAGCACGGGUGUCCUAUGGGCUUAUUGGCCCCCGAUGUCAACCGGGGGUGCUCUGUGCCACAGGUCCCAGCAGCCUGCCCGCCAUGGACCCCGACCCCCAGGCGGGUGUUCAGGUGGGCAUGCGCGUGGUGCGUGGUGUGGACUGGAAGUGGGGCCAGCAGGACGGAGGCGAGGGCGGCGUGGGCACCGUGGUAGAGCUGGGCCGGCAUGGCAGCCCCUCGACACCUGACCGCACCGUCGUGGUGCAGUGGGACCAGGGCACCCGCACCAACUACAGAGCCGGCUACCAGGGUGCCCAUGACCUGCUGCUCUACGACAACGCGCAGAUUGGCAUCCGCCACCCCAACAUCAUCUGCGACUGCUGCAAGAAGCACGGGCUGCGGGGCAUGCGCUGGAAGUGCCGAGUCUGCUUCGACUACGACCUCUGCACGCAGUGCUACAUGCACAACAAGCACGACCUCACCCACGCCUUCGAGCGCUAUGAGACAGCCCACUCGCGCCCGGUCAUGCUGGGUCCCCGCCAGGGCCUCCCGCGCGUCCCGCUCAGGGGCAUCUUCCAGGGAGCGAAGGUGGUGCGAGGCCCCGACUGGGAGUGGGGCUCCCAGGACGGAGGGGAAGGGAAGCCGGGCCGCGUGGUGGACAUCCGUGGCUGGGAUGUGGAGACCGGCCGGAGUGUGGCCAGUGUGACCUGGGCUGACGGAACCACCAACGUGUACCGCGUGGGCCACAAGGGCAAGGUGGACCUCAAGUGUGUGGGCGAGGUGGCCGGCGGCUUCUACUACAAGGAGCACCUCCCACGGCUCGGCAAGCCGGCGGAGCUGCAGCGCAGGGUGAGUGCCGACGGCCAGCCCUUCCAGCGAGGGAACAAGGUCAAGUGUCUGUUGGACACAGAGGUCCUGAGGGACAUGCAGGAAGGCCACGGCGGCUGGAACCCCAGGAUGGCGGAGUUUAUUGGACAGACGGGCACCGUGCACCGCAUCACAGACCGUGGGGACGUGCGCGUGCAGUUCAGCCACGAGAUCCGCUGGACCUUCCACCCUGGGGCUCUCACCAAGGUGCCUAGGGGCUGGGCCGAGCCUCCCCUGGGUACCUGCUUGGCUGCCAGGGCACCGGUGCCCCAGGAGUCGCAGACCUGGAGGGUGGGGUGGGGCCCAGAGGAGUGGCGGGCGCUGGAGAGGGCAGCUCAGAUUGGACUCGAGGGCUGGGCUUGGUCUCCGAGGUCUCCCUGCGGGCGCAGCAUAGGGCAGAUCAGAGGCCUGUGAGACAAGGAGGCCAGGAUGGAGCGCGGAGGAAGGGUGCGAGGUGUGUGGGGAUGAUGGGUGGAGCUGGCAGGCAGUGUGCGUGUGUGCGCGUGUGUGUGGUCCGCGCAGGGGAGUUGCAGGACCAGCAGCGAGCAGAGGAAGCUGGCUCAGCCCGGGGAUGUGGGCUGCCGCCUCCGCCCCUCCCAGGCCCCGCCCCUGGGGCACUGCAACACUGGCCUCUCCCUAGAGGUGGCUUCUUUUUUUUUUUUUUUUUGUACCA